UGGUUGGGCCCCAGUCGCUUCCCCAGACUCGAUCGCGAUGGUGUUAUGGCCUGCGAAUCACCACUGCGCAGCCCAAAUUAACUGGCUGGACAAACACGAUGGAUAAAUCCGACGCAAGGACCAUGCUGCAUGCGCCCAUGCCAUUAUCGUGCCUUUUAAUGCUGAUGCUGACCCAAGCCGCGGGCUGUUCCCCGCACAGCAGCAUUUAACAAAGCGCCCUCCUCCUCCUCGCUGGCUUUCCUGUCGAAUCCAUAGGUAUCGCAGAUUCGUACUUCUACCACCAUGGGUAAGCAGCUCGGUCGCCUGCGGGCGGUCUUCCUGGUCUCCAUCUGCUGCGUCGGGUCGUUCCUCUUCGCGUACGACACCGGCAUCAUCGGCGGCAUCCUGACCCUGGACUCGUUUAUGGAAUCGUUCCGGUACGGCGAGGACUCAAGGGCAGACAUUAAUUCAAAUUCCAACAGUCUCUUGCAGGCAGGAGCCUUCUUCUCCUGCUUCUUCGUGUGGCCGUUCACUAAGCGAUUCGGUCGCCGCUGGUCUAUCGCCCUUGCAUCGUUGAUCUUCUGCAUUGGCGGUAUUAUCCAGGUCGCGCCGACUCACUCGAUUGGCGCCUUCUAUGCUGCGCGUGUGAUUAGUGGUAUUGGCGUUGGUAUGGCCACCGUCAUGGUGCCCAUGUACAGCGCCGAAAUGAGCCCGAAAGAAAUCCGCGGCCAGCUAGGCAGUCUGUUCCAGUUCUUCUUCACCCUCGGCGUCAUGACCUCGUACUGGAUCGACUACGCCGUCGAGAAACACGUCGAGCCGUCCGACCGGCAGUGGCAGAUCCCCAUCGGGCUGCAGCUGGUCCCCGCUGGGAUCCUGGGCGUGGGCAUGCUGUUUCUGAAGGAGAGCGUGCGCUGGCUCGCGAGUAAGGGGCGCCACGACGAGGCGCUGCAGUCGCUGAUCUGGGUCAGGGGGGGAGAGGACACGGAGGAGGUUCGCGCUGAGAUGGCGGAGAUUCUGGAUGGAAUCAGUGCUGAAGUUGCGGCGACGGAGGGCGUUACUUGGAGGGAGUUGGCUCUUUCGGCGAAUCGGUAUAGGCUGUUCAUUGCCAUUACUAUUCAGAUCUGCGCGCAAUGCACCGGAAAUACAUCUCUCGCAUACUACGCCCCCCAAAUCUUCGGCGCCGUCGGCAUCGGAGCCAACGACAAGCUCUUCAUCACGGGCUUCUUCGGCGUCGUCAAGGUCGUCGCAUGCGGCAUCUUCGUCCUCUUCCUCGUCGAGCGCAUCGGCCGAAAGUGGUCCCUCGCAAUCGGCGCAUUCCUCAUGGGCUCUCUCAUGCUCAUCGUCGCAAUGCUGGCGAAAUCAUUCCCAGCGGACCCGGAUUCAACUGCAGCAGUAACAGGUAUCUCCUCGCAUACUGCGGCAUCCAUCGCGAUGAUUUACCUCGAGGCGGCGGCUUAUAACAUGUCCUGGGGGCCCGUCCCAUGGCUAUACAUGAGCGAGAUCUUCCCAACGCGAAUCCGCGAAAUCGGCAUCGCAGUGGGAACGGCAACGCAGUGGCUGUUCAACUUUGUGUUCUCGCAGGCGACGCCGCAUGCGGUGGAUAACAUGGGCUGGAAGACGUUCCUGAUGUUCUGUAUCUUCAACUGGGCGAUUGUCGUCUACGUGUUUUUCUUCAUCAAGGAGACCACGGGCAAGUCGCUGGAGGAGAUGGAGGAUGUGUUUCAUUCGAACUUGGUGCACUUUAGGAAGGACGAGGAGCAUGUUCAUGUUGAUGCGGAUGCGGAUGCGGCGGUGGUGAGUCCGCGAAAGGUAUGAAUACGGAGGGUAUAGUAUUUCUAUUUAGUUGUAAUGGUUUUGGGUCUAUUUUCAGCUGGUCGUCUCGUGGUGCUAUAGCGCCUAUCAUAACCCGUCUUCUGAUGCCCGGGCUUUAGGGCAAGUGACGUACGCCACGACAUUACGAGCAAUGCAGGCAAUUUCAAAUAAUAAUACAUGGCAUAAACUCGUAUAACGUGGUAUUCGUUCCGUACAUAUACGGCGUGAUAAUCCUUCAGCUCCACCUUGUAAAAGUUAACAGUUCCUGCAAGACUACACCAAUCAACUAACUAUCUCGCCCAAACAUUCCGUAAGAGCUCUUAGACCGAUUGUCUGACGAAAACCACACUCGGUCAAGGCUGAGAUCCGAACCCAGUCUCGAUGAUUGUUCGGCUAAUCGAAUACACCUCAACAGCUGGUACUGGG